AUGCAGUGGGUCGGCACCCCGGCUCUUGCUGCUGCUGUCAGCAACGCUGGCGCUCUCGGUACUCUCACCGCCUUGACGCAACCCUCUCCCGAAGCUCUGCGAGAAGCUAUCCGCAAAACCAAGUCGCUUAUCUCGGACGACAUUAAAAAGGAGCGAGAGAACCACUUCGGCCCCUUUGCCGUCAACAUCACCCUCUUGCCCUCCAUCAACCCUCCCGACUACGUCGGCUACGCCAAGGCCGCUCUCGAGGAAGGCGUCCGCAUCUUUGAGACUGCCGGCAACAACCCGGGCGAGGUCAUCAAAGUCGUCAAGGAGGCUGGCGCCUUUGUCAUCCACAAGUGUACGGCUGUUCGCCAUGCUCGAAGCGCCGAGCGAUUGGGUGCCGAUAUGCUCUCGAUCGACGGCUUCGAAUGCGCAGGGCAUCCUGGCGAGGACGACAUCGGUGGAUUGGUGCUCAUGGCUCGCGCUGCCGAAGAGCUCAAGAUUCCUUUCAUCGCAUCGGGCGGUAUCGCCAACGGUCAAGGCUUGGCUUCGGCUCUCGCGCUUGGUGCUGCCGGUGCUAACAUGGGCACUCGCUUCAUGUGCACCAAGGAGGCAGAAAUCCACGACACCAUCAAGCGUGCCAUUGUCGAAUCGGACGAACGCAACACCGUCCACAUCUUCCGAACCCUUCGCAACACUGCGCGUGUCUUCAAUGAUGAGAGCACGGAUACCAGCCUGAUCGCGUCGAAUCGGCACACCGCAUCGACCGACGAUGGCAGUCUCGCGUUCGCUGCUCAACCCGCCCAUGACCCAGACAAACCGCCCGACCUCGCUGAUCAAGGCCAGGUGCGCGAUGAAAAGCUGCAGCGCCAGGCCACCCGGGAAGGAGCCGUCGAGCUGCUUGGGUCGCACGACCACGACAGCUACGUUCUCCAAGCCCAGCAUCAGGAAAAGUGGAAAGCCUGGGGACUCGCCAAGAGCUACUUGAACGACGAGAUCGAUCAUGGUGCAGCCAACGUGCCUCUUGCCUGGCAAGCCUUCCUGACCGGCAUGAUCGACAUGCUCCUCUACAGCCGUUCGGCCGUCUGGCUCGGUUUCCAGACGGGCAACAUGGUUCAGUUCUCGUCCAACAUCGCUCAGUUCAUCAUCCCUGGCGUGGAACGCCAGCCUCUGCUGACGCUGCUCAGAAUCUUGAGCGUCAUCGGCUUCUUCUUCGGCUCGUUUGUCGGGUUCCAGCUGGGCAGACGUGUCGGUCAUCAGAAACGAAGCUGGUUGAUCAUGUCGAGCGUCAUACAGAGCGCGUUCCUGUUUGCCGGUGCGGGCAUCUUGCUCAGCAGGCCCAAGAACGAGAUGCCGUCGUUCGAGUGGUAUCCGGGCGUCAUUGUGCUCGUGGCCUUCUCGAUGGGGAUGCAGAGCAUCUUGGCACAGAAGCUGGUCUCGCCGGCUUUUGCGACGACGGUGGCCUUUACGGCCACGUUGACGCAGGUCGCGAGCGAUCCGUAUCUGUUUGCGCUGGUUCCGUCGGAAAAGACGAGGGGGAGGGAUAGGAGGAUGUUGGCGAUUCUGUCGUUGUGCGUUGGUGCGGGAGUGGGAGAGUCGUUGCUGCACACGAGGGCGAACUUGAGUGGUGGCCUUGCGAUUUGCGCCGGAUUCAAGCUGGUUCUGGCGUUGCUAUGGCUGGUGCCGCAGGGGAAGAAGAGCGGUGCCGAGACUGGCGGCAAGGCUUAG